AUCACAAUGACAAAUAACCAAAACAAAAUUACAUUCUCCUCACCCUCCAUUUAUAUAUCAAUGGAAUCGAUGCAGCGAUGGCAAUUACAAACGCGGAACUCAAGGAAUUAACCUCUCCCACCACCCUCACCCCCUUAUCUUUUCAGACUUCAAUGGAAGAGGAUCAGGCCAAGCCGCUGGCCCAUCCGCCGAGCCCGGCCACCCCGUUCAACGGAUCCAUCGGCAGCGACGAAGAGGAAUCUAGCAGGUGGAAGUCGUCCCAGUACCUCCGGAAACGCCGCUGCCUCCUCUUCUGCUGCGGGUGCUGCAGCGCCGCCGUCAUCCUCCUCGGCGUCACCAUUCUCGUCCUUGCCCUCACCGUCUUCAAGAUCAAAGACCCCAGCCUCACAAUGAACGCCAUCCACGUCCAUGGGCUCGACGUAGGCUCGGGCACCGACGAUUCGGUCUCCGUCAACGCCACCCUCAUCGCCGACGUCUCCAUCAAGAACCCCAACGUGGCCUCGUUCGGCUUCGACAGCAGCGUCACCGAGUUCUACUACGAGGGGAAGACGGUGGGGGUGGCGCACGCCCCCGGCGGGCACGUGUCGUCCGGCCGGACGGUGAGGAUGAACGUGACGGUGGAGGUUCUGGCCGACGAGGUGGCGGGCCUGCCCAAUGUCACGGGCACCGUUCUAUUUGGUGGGACCGUCAACGUGACGAGCCACACCGAUCUCAAGGGAAGGGUGGACGUGCUCGGGAUCUACAGGCGGGACCUGGACGUGACGCUCAAUUGCACCAUGACGUUGGAUUUGUCUUUGAGAGAGCAGGACUUGAAAAAUAGAGUAUGCUUGGCUACGGUCAUGUGAACAGGAAUUUUAUCAUACUGCCUUCUUUUCUUUUCUUUUCUUUUCUUGCUGCAAAUCCUACAGCGUUCUUGGCGGAGAGUAUUUUUGGUGGAGUAGGAGCUGGUUUCAAAUUCGAGAGAGGAAAAUUAAAUUUAUUUUCGGUGGA